AAUCAAAUGUAUUAAAUUCACCCCACUGACACAUAACAUGUUACAUGUGCUCGUCUACUUGAAAGUCUACAAACGAGCAUAAUAUAUAUUUUAAAGAAACACUAAACUGCAUAUAUAUAUAUAUAUAUAUAUAUAUAUAUAUAUAAUGCAAAAUCUUAAAAAUUAAAAAAAAAAGUCACAAGCAACAUAAAUAAAAAAUAAAAAAAAUCAGAUGUCAAAGUGUGAAAUUCCUAAGUCUUAAAACCAAUACUAUAAAUGCAUGUUAUCCUAGCAACCAAAAAGGCACCCAUAAAAAAAGAUGUCAACCCCGCUUAUUGCAACCACCUUACUAGUUGUUGCAAAUUUAAUUUCCUUCCAAUCUUGUUGGGCUGAAUCAGCAACCCUCUUCAGCCCCAUAAGAAAAGAUGAAAGCAGCAACUUAUACAGCAUGUUGAUUUACAUGAAAACCCCUCUACAGGCGUCGCAGCUCCACCUCGACUUAGGCUCCUUCCUGCCGUGGUACGACUGCAGCCGCCACUACAAGUCGUCGUCGUACGCUCCCGUCAUCUACAACUCCUCGCUCUGCAUCGAUCUCCACACCAACGUCUACGGCAAUUGUUUCGACAAACCGCGCCCCGGUUGUGCCAACGACACUUGCUUCGAUUUCCCGCAGAACCCGGUCACGCUCAAGGGCGGAAUGGGCAGUAUCAUCACCGACAAAUUCACACUCCCAUCCAUCAACACCAACACCAACACCUCACCCCUGCAGAUAGUGCUUUCCUGCACCUUCCCCAAUAAGUACUCCAAGAUCUAUCGAGGUCUUGCCAAAGGCUCAGCCGGUUUAGCAUCUCUAGGCCGCUUCAACUAUUCCCUUUCUGCCCUCAUCGCCCGAGGCUCCAAUUCCCCAUGGAUUUUCGCCCUUUGUCUCCCAAAUUCAUCAAAUUCAACUGGCAUUGCUCUCUUCAAUUCAGCGGGGCCUUACAAUUUCUCUCCCAGAAUCGACGUUUCAAAGCUGCUUUCUUACACUCCGUUAAUCUUGGCUGCCAAAGGAGCCGAGACAGAUACUAUGUACUGGUACAAAUCGCCGGAGUAUUACGUGGGGCUAUAUUCAUUCCGGGUCGGGGGCAAAGUCGUAAAUUUGAAUCAAACCCUUCUAGCCCUCGACGAUCUCGGGCGCGGUGGGGCCAAGAUCAGCAGCUCGAGGCCGUAUUCCGUGCUGCAGAGCUCAAUCUAUAAGGCGUUGGUGGAUGCGUUCGUUAAGGAAUCUGCUAGCCUAAACCUCACCACAUCCGCACCGGUGGGGCCCUUUAGUGUGUGCUUUGAAGCGGAUAAGGUUCCGACCACGAGCGUCGGGCCGGUUGUUCCAGCCAUCGAUCUCGUUUUCCCGAGAAGCAAGAAUUUUUGGAGAAUUCAUGGGUCGAAUUCGAUGGUGAGGAUGAAGAAUGCGUGGUGUUUGGGUUUCGUGGACGGCGGUGGGGAACCGAGGACGUCGGUUGUGAUAGGUGGGCAUCAGAUUGAGGAUAAUUUGUUGCAGUUUGAUUUGGAGAGAGAGAGGUUGGGAUUUAGUUCGUCGCUGCUUCUGAAAAGCACUACAUGCGCCAGUUUCGACUUCAAAAGCAAUUACUAGUUUAAUUUAACAAAAGAAAACGAAAAAUAAUUGGAUCUGUAGUUGCUGGGAAUAAGUGGAACAUAAAUAAAUAUGAAAUGCUGUGAUUUUUUACUUCUGAUGUAUUGGGAAGAUGAGUUUGGUCUGAGAAGUGUUAAUUGAAUGGAAGGUUGACAGGCUGUUAUUUACUCGUGUUAAUUUAUUGGAAUUUUCUUUUUCAAA